CUGGUUUUUAUGAACGCCCCCCUCACACUGCGGGAGGAGCCAUCUCUUCUGCAUUCGCCUCGUAUCUCCGAACCACAUUUUGGAAUAUUAGCCGCGGGAGAGUCGGUAGAAAGCGUUAUGGGGCCAGCGGAAACAGUGAAUAUCGAAGACAGUCCGUCUGCCUGUGUAUCCCCACCCGAUGAAAUAAGUGAUAGUGAAACUAUGAGUGUGAAGUACCGGGGCUGGACAUUGGAAAUCGAGGCAACUCCCGUGCAAUCCGACCGGGUUCAACAUUUGCUGCAGGCCCAACAGCGGGUCGUAUUGUACGAACAGGCUACCAUCGAGCUCAGACUCCACGAAACAGUGCUAUAUCUCGACUUACUCCAACACCAAGUAAAUUUGGCGGCGAGAAAAAGUCACCACAUCGAGCAGGAAAUUUCUCGGGCGCAGGCUGUUGUCAGCGCUCAGAGUCUGUCAAGGGAGAUGGCGGGGCCAUGUGCCAGUGGACAUACAAAUUGCGGAUACUGCGGUACCCAAGUCAAGCUUUGA